CCGACUUAACGCGUUUCAGGCGGAGUUCAGUUCAUAAAAACAUUUCGCCAACUUAUUCACCUCUUCACUUCUUCGUUCACAUAUUUGAACAGGGAAACCUCUUCCCUGGUCUACUCUUGAGGAAUAACAACUCAUGGAAUAUCUAAACUUUGUGGCACGUUUACAUUUUUGACACUUUUCUGGGCUCAUUAACUAGUCUUUUCCCCCUGCAGUGGAAGCGCUCCCAGGACCGGAGACUUUUCUGGUUUCUAACUUUACUUUUCUUAUCUUGUUCCCGUCGGAUUUCUGGGGGGCACAUGCGAUGUCACGGACUAAUAAAGAAGAGAGACAUGUACGUCUUUAGCUAUGUGGUUUCCAUACGACGGUGUUUGUUGAAUUUAUUAUUGUAAACCAGUUGAGCAACUGGCGACUGAACUCUAUAAUCAAUGUGGUGUCAGCUGGAAGGACGCGGGGUCCGGAUCUCACCUAAACGCUGAUACGUCUUGGGAGUGAUGCACUGGCUUCCCCUGGUUGCCAUGGUGAUUGCCUCGGCCCUGCCCUUUCCUCAUAACCCCAUGUCCAGGAUUGCCGCCGCAACGAAAAACAACCGUCAUGACCAGGCUUCUCGCCUCGCAGCUCCCCCUGUGGACUACAACUUCCAUGAAAAUGUCUCACAAGCGGACUACAACAUGGCUGCUGCUCUAAGCCAACAUACCAACAGACAAAACCUCCAAAACCGUAGGGAUUAUGUGAAAUCCUCCGCAGAUGAAGAGACUUCCACGUUCAAAGUGGAGCAUCAAGAAACCUACGUAUCGAUUAGCAACUCAGGCAGCGAUCACAAAAGCAGUGGGGAUGUUCCCAAAGAAGGAGGACCACUCAGGACCGAGGAUAACUCUCUACCAAAGGACUACAAAGCUGAUAGCAGCAACAGCAGGCAGGACUCCUCCAGGUUUGUGGACAAGACUGACAAUAUUCAGGACUCUACAGAACGGUUGUCGCUGGUUACUACAGCAGAAACCCAUAAGGCCGUCAGUCCUGCUGCUAAUCUACAGGAUCAAAGAGGACCAGAACCAACUGUUCCCUCGGAGAAGCUGAGAGAUGCACCUACAAUCAGUACAGGAGGCUUGAACCUGGACGCAGAGCUGGGUCUGGGGAUGGACAAUAUCUUAGAUGGAGACGGGAUGUUUCUGGACGCACACCCGCGAGUCCUGUUCUCCCCCUCCAUGUCGCCUCCAGAACACCCCCCUCUCCUGCUCAUGUUGGAGACCGGCCUGCUGGAGGAGGACAGGGACAGAGAAGAGCAGGAGGACGUGGACGGACACAUCGAGGGUCAUGGGGACCGGGCGAUUGACAGGAGCACCCCUCCGAGUUGGGCAGAUUCUUCCAGAGUUACCGAGGUUGACCGUUCUGUUAAAAGGGAUAAACGCUCACACUCAAUGGACAGAAGGCGAGGAGAAAAAUCUGUGUGCGAGGCAGAGAGUGUUUGGGUUAAUGACAAGAAAACUGCCAUCGACACCCAUGGUCGUUUAGUCUCCGUCUUGCAGGAGAUCCAGACCCAGACUGGACCACUCAAACAGUACUUCUACGAGACCCGUUGUCGCGAGGCAGAGCAGUCCAGCAACAACGGCAGGUCGAAUGCCGGCGUGGCACCAGUGUCAGUCGAUACGGGCGAAGCCAGGCACGGCUGCUUUGGCGUGGAUAGAAAAGCGUGGGUCAGUGAGUGCAAAGUCAAGCAGUCGUUCGUCAGAGCGCUCACCAAAGAUGCUAACAACAGAAUCGGAUGGAGGUGGAUCCGCAUUGACUCGUCUUGCGUCUGUGUGCUGCUGGCCAGAGUCACGGAGGUUCCCAGGAUUAAGAGGAGGAAGGGGAGAGGCUGAGAGUGGGGGGGGGGGAGUAAAAAGUGACACAAGGCAGAGUAGCUGUGAGACAUCCUUUUGGGUUCAUUUCCCUUAACAUGAUGGAUUUCUCCUUCCCUCCACCACAACUUCACAAGACUUUUCAAAAAAACAAGAAGACCUCAAUACUAGACCUUAGGGAAAUGUUUCCUAUAUAUAUAGAGAGAGAUUUUACUUUAAAAAGUACUGUUUUUGUACGAUUUUUAUCUUUCAUAAUCUAAGUUAUUUUUGAUUAGUAUGUAAGCAUGUGUAUGUCUUUGAUAUUAAUAUAUUCCUUUAUAUUUGUGUACACUAUGACACCAGUAUACCUUUAUAUAUGAAGCUAUGUAUAUCUGUGUGUAUUUAUAGAAAAACUUCUUGGAGUGGUAGUCUCUCCAGUGUCUGAUGAUAAUUCCAGCCUCUGGGCCGCCCGGGUAGAGAGAGAGGAGCGCCACCUACUGAGGCUCCAUUUUACUGCUCCCAUAUGGAUUACCAUGAUUGUGAUACAGAAACGACAGCCUCUGCAAACAUAAGCAUGGUUUUAUACAAUGUUUUAUGGCAGGAAACAUCUCGGUGUGGAACUUGUUCAAUGUGGUACAUGAAUGUAAAACCAUGUGGUUUGUGAAUUAUCUGACACCAGGACAAGCUCAUUUUAACAUCUGCUGGUUUGUUCAGCUUGCCUGCCAAAUGUGGUAAUAAAGGAUCUUUGUACUCA